AUGUUCGAAGCAAUGGCAAGUACAAUAAUUAGAGCAACGAUGCCGUGAGUUUUCAGAGGGGAAUUUUGAGAAAAAAUAAUUUUCAGAUCAAGUGGAUUUUCAAGAUCCGAUUCCGAAACUGGAACACCUCGUGCUACUGCUGGAGCUGUUAUGGAUGUUUUCAAUAAGAAAAAACCAGAAGCAGCAAAAGGGAAAAACGUGAAACAACCCAACAGAACGGCGAAAACGAAUGUAGCAACUGAAGGAAGUACUCGUUCAAAACGAGGAAAGAAGAAGAAGGACAAAGGGGGCGACACAACAAUCGCACAAGCAGCUCCCGCAGCACAAAUGCAUCCAGCUGUACAAAAAUGGGUUGAAAGAGCAUUGACGAUGGGUGUACCAGCUCUCCGUGAUGAAUAUCGUGGACUUGCGAAAUAUACAAUGGAAGGAAUGACGAUGGAAGCAUUUCAAGCGAAUCAACCACAAAAUCGCAAUCGUUAUCAAGAUGUUCCGUGUCAAGAUGCGAAGCGUGUUGCAUUGAAAUCCCCACCAGCUGCUUGCGACUAUGUUCAUGCAAACUACGUCGGAACACCAAUGUCUGAUAAACGUUUCAUUUGCACACAAGGUCCACUUGAUAACACAAUUGAUGAAUUUUGGUGGUUGGUUUGGCAGGAAAAAGCUGAACAAAUUGUGAUGUUAUGCAAUGUUAUUGAGACUGGCAAAUUCAAAUGUGCACAAUAUUGGCCAUUGGAAGUUGGAGAGAAAAGACAAGUUGGUGGAACACAAAUGACAAUUGAGAAGAUUGAUUGUAAACCGAUGGAAAGAGAACCAACUAUUAUGAUUACUAAUUUGAAGGUUACUGUUGGAUCAGAAACUCGGACAAUUAGACAAUUACAAUGGUUGGAUUGGCCUGAUCGAGGUGUUCCACCGUGCAGAUUGACAAGUAUGGUAUGUUUUAUUUUGGCGGGAAAGGGGAGGUUCUAAAAUGCUUGCUGAUUUUGAAAAAUUAAUUUUUGAGCUAAAUUCUAGAGUGUGCCAGAAUCUUUUGAUCUUUUAUUCAGUCUCAAAAUAACUCCCAAAGUGUUGCCUAUAAUCUACAGAACCCCUAGAUCUAAUUAAUUUUUGCAGGAACUCUUGUCAUCAAUUCGUGGCUCAAAAGCUCCAAUAGUUGUGCAUUGUUCGGCUGGAAUUGGCCGAACUGGAACAAUUGUUGCAAUCGAAUAUAUUCUCGAGAAAAUUAGCGCUGGCAGCGAUUGUAUGGCAAUGGGAGAAUUGAUGAAAGAAUUGCGAAAUCAAAGAGCAUAUUCGAUCCAAAAUGAUUUGCAAUAUUUGUACAUUCAUCGUGUCAUGCUUUGCUAUUUUCUUGAAAAAUAUAAGGAUAAAUAUGCGGCAUUGUUGACGGAAGAAAAUACUGCAAAAUAUAAAAAGUUUGUCGAAGAAUAUAAUGCGGCAGUUGGUCAAUGA